CUGUGUCGCGAUUUCUUCUCCACAGGACGCCGUUUUUGUCAAAACCCUCUCAAAACCCCUCCACAGGCAUCGGAAUCGGAAAUCGCGACGGUUAACGUCUCAAAAUGCGAGGCGCCUCGCUUCGAAACGUCGCCUCCGACGCCGCUCGGUUGUUUCUUCGUCGGAACUCGCCGGUGAACUCGUUCGGACGAGUUGACUCGGUGACACGUGAUUUCGGGGUUUUGCAUUCGAGGGCUUAUUUCCGUUCGCCUCAUGUUCUGGCAAGACCUAAGCCUGUGGGAAUCUCCGGUUUCUGCUCAUCGUCUUCCUCGUCCUCGACGGCUUCAACGGCGUCGGUUGCGAAGGUGGGUUUCGUCGGAUGGUAUCUGGGUAUGGUGAAAUCGCGUCCGGUUCUGACCAAGAGCAUCACAUCUUCGCUUAUUUACGUCGCCGCCGACUUGUCUUCUCAGACAAUUGCACAAACUUCAUCGGAGUCUUAUGAUCUGGUAAGAACAGCACGGAUGGCAGGAUACGGGCUAUUAAUUUUGGGACCUACGCUUCACCACUGGUUCAACCUCAUGUCCAGGCUCUUUCCCAAACGGGACCUGAUCACAACAUUCAAGAAAAUGGCCAUGGGUCAGACAAUCUACGGGCCUACCAUGACCGCUGUUUUCUUCUCCUUGAACGCGUGUCUACAAGGUGAAAGCACGGCAGAGAUACUUGCCAGAUUGAAAAGAGACUUGCUCCCUACUUUGCUAAAUGGUGUCAUGUAUUGGCCUAUGUGUGACUUCAUAACAUUCAGAUUCUUCCCCGUCCAUUUACAGCCUCUUGUCAGCAACUCGUUUGCAUAUCUAUGGACAGUCUAUAUGACUUAUAUGGCAAGCCGUGAGAAAGCAAGCGCGAUCGCGAGCUGAAACACCGACCCGAGUAUCUAUGGACACUGUUUUCAGGACACUAUAUCUCUGUUAUGUGAUGUCUUUUACCAGAACAGGGGACAAUAUAGAGUAGAACCCCUUUUAACCCUUAUUUCCUUACCAAGAAGGCCACUUUUGCUUGCAUGUGGUUGAAUUGAAGAAUGAAGAAAUGAGAUCCCAAAGAGCCCAACUUGGACUGCAGUUAGCAGUAGAGGCAGAAUUCUUUAGGAUUCGAUUUUUUCUUUUUCUUUUAUAUACUUUUAUAUAGGUUUCUGAUGGUAAAUGUAAAAGCUUGGACCAACUAUACACUUGGGCAUAUAUGCUUAUGUUAUGUCAAGCAAUGGGUUUCAGUUGCU